AUAACACCACCCUAACAAUACCCCUAUUGUUUUUUUUUUCUCUUCUGCUCCCCCAUUGAUUGUUUCCCCAAUUGAUAUCAGUCUCGUACGGCUUUAAGAAGAAAGGCAAAUGGGAUCUUCAGCACUCUUUCUGAUCUUAUUUUUCUCUGUUUUUCUCAUAACUCUCGUUUCAGCUGCGGAUAUCUACUUCCAGUCUAGGUGUGUUGAGAAUGGCAACUUCACCGCCAACAGCACUUACGGGGCCAACCUCAACCGUCUGUUUUCUCAACUAUCCACCACGGCGGAUUUCAAUUAUGGGUUCUACAAUCUGUCCGUCGGUCGGAGCCCUGACCGGGUCAACGCAAUCGGACUUUGCAGGGGAGACCAAAAGGAGGGCGUUUGCAGAAGUUGCCUGAACGACACCAUCUCCGCACUCGAGCAGCGAUGUCCCAAAUACCAAGAGGCAAUCGGAUAUUCGGAAUUCUGUACGUUACACUACUCAAGUCGACAACUCUAUGGAUCCAUGGAAUCCAAACCCGCUCAUUAUUUGUAUAAUGUUAACAACGCCUCGGAUGGUGAUGUGUUCAUUUGGGAGCUGAGCCCCUUCUUGAGAGACUUGAGCAGAAUUGCGGCCGCCGGAGGACCUCUUCUCAAAUAUGCGGCGAAUUACUCGGCCGGUAUUUACGCUCUCGAGCAGUGCACGCCCGAUCUAUCGGAGAAGGAUUGCAGCGAUUGCCUAACAACGGCAAUCAGUAAGAUCCCUGUGGCUGACCUCUCUAGGAAAAUCGGAGGCAGAAUUCUACAACCCAGCUGUAAUUUGAGAUAUGAGACCAGACCAUUUUUUGCAGCCGUAGACAUUCCUCAGCCACAGCCACUGCCACCGCCACCGCAAGGUAAAGUGCGCUUCUUUUCUUUUCGGGGCAAGCUUUCAGAAGGACAAGAAGUAGCCGUGAAAAGGUUAUCUAGUGUUUCUAGACAAGGAGACUUAGAAUUCAAAAAUGAGGUUCUUUUAGUGGCCAAACUUCAACAUCGGAAUUUGGUCAGACUCCUAGGCUUCUGCUUGGAAAGAGAUGAAAGACUUCUCAUCUACGAGUUUGUGCCAAAUACAAGCCUUGAUCAUUUUAUUUUUGAUCGAAUCAAGUGUGCACAACUAGAUUGGGAAAUCCGUUGCAAAAUCAUCAAAGGCGUAGCUCGUGGCCUCCUUUACCUACAUGAGGAUUCUCGUCUUCGAAUAAUUCAUCGUGAUUUAAAAGCAAGUAAUGUUUUAUUAGAUGAAAAUAUGAAUCCUAAAAUCGCAGAUUUUGGCAUGGCAAGAUUAGUUGUAAGGGAUGAAACACAAGGCAAUACCAGUAGAAUUGUGGGAACUCAUGGGUACAUGGCUCCAGAGUAUGCAAUGUAUGGGCAGUUCUCAAUAAAGUCAGAUGCUUUUAGUUUUGGUGUGUUACUUUUAGAAAUCGUCAGUGGACAAAAAAAUAGUUGUUUUCAAAAUGGGGAGAACAUAGAGGACCUACUAAGUUAUUCAUGGAAAAACUGGAAAGAAGGGACAGGAUUAAAUCUCCUAGAUCCAACUUUGAGAAAUGGUUCAACAGCUGAAAUGAUGAGAUGCAUCCAUAUUGGUUUGCUAUGUGUUCAAGAAAAUGUUGCUCACAGACCAGCCAUGGCUUCAGUUGUUCUCAUGCUUAAUGACAAUUUAAUUAGUCUCCCAGUGCCCUCUAAACCUGCAUUUUUUGUGCACAGCAACAUUGCAUCUAACAUGUCAUCCUCAUUUGGGUACAAUUCAUGGGUACAAGACUCGCAGAGAUUAGAGGAACAAUCAGUCCCCUUGUCAAAUAAUGAUGUUUCAAUUACAGAGCUAUGUCCUCGAUAGUUUUUGAGAUUCAAAGGUACAAUUAGAUUCAUAUUGUCAAUCUGGUUCAAAAUAAUGCUAGAAUUCACUUGUUAGAUGUAUUGGUAUCUAAUACUUGUUUUUGUAAGAAAAACUACUUCCAAGCACAAAAAUAUAGUGUAUGAUUUGAUUUGGGUACUGGUUUUCCUCUUGUAUAAUUUGAUACGGUGUAUAAUUUGGCAUU